AUGGUCUCAAUGCCACCAGAACUGGGCGAAACGUCACAUGAGCUCAGUGAGCUCAGUUCGCUGGUGAAGAAGAUUGAGACGGCGCAGUUGGAGUCGCGUCCACUGAGCAGCGAUGAAGCAACUGCUCUGGAUGUGGCAUUUUCCAAGACUAAUCUGAGGGAACUUUGCCAAGCAAAGCUCGCAGACUCUGCCAAGAGUGAACUUUGCAGUUUGGCGCACCGCAUCUGGGCAGCUGUGGGACAGGGGCCGCCCUAUGAUCCACUGCAGGAUGCCAAGUGUAGGAACCUGGCAUGCAACAUCUUUUCUGCCAGCUUUAGGGGCUGCAUUCCUCCCAGCGAUGCGCUGUUGCUGUCUGCCCACUGGGCCUUCUCGGGCCAAGCUUGGAUGCGAGCCGAUGCCUCCUCGCCCUUGGCGCUGCCCUGCUUUGCUGAAGCUGCAAAGGCAUGGAGGAGCCAACCCUCGGUGAAGCUGGCGCAAGUGGCGGCUCAAGCUUUGCUAUGGGCUGGGGAAGCUCACUUUCGGCAGGUCAGCUACAUUGAGGCCUUUUCUCAGCUUUCUCAGGCUCGCGAUAUCAUCUGCAGCUACCAGGACUGGGAUGGGAUGUUAGACAACUUCCUGCGUGUUUGCUUCGAACAGGCCAAUGCGCACCGCGCGGCUGGCAACCUGAGUGAGGCCAUUGAGCUUCUGAACUUGGCGAUUGCAGCAGGCCCCAAUGCUGCGCCUGCUGCAAAGUGUAGGUUGCUGCGGGCCUUGGCUUUAUGCCAUGUUUCCGGUGUGGAAGGGAUGGCUCAUGCGAAGCAAGCAUUUGCCUUGUCUCCGACCUCCAAAGACCGGGUUCUUUCCCUUCAGGCCACAGAGUUUUCUUCCCUGAUUCAAGCUGUUCGACCGCACCGGCGGCGGCAACAAUGGCAGGAGGAAAAGGGUCUGGCGAUGGUUUUUGACCCGGCCAAAGAUCUACCAAUCCACAGACCCCAGGUGGCCGGGCCUCCGGGCUGGGAUGAAGAACUUGGAGCCAGCGAACAGCAAGCGCUGCUUCGGCAAGUGCCAUCCAACGAGGUGGUGAAAGAUGACUUUCACAGAUAUCGAUGGCGAUGCAUCUUUCAACCGGAGAGGGCUGUGGAGACUCUAGGGCCCGUGGCAGAACUUCAGCUGGUGAUUGUGAAAGCCAGAGACCUGCAUUCGCACGAGCUCUCCAAGAUGCUCCAACCUACCUGCAAUCCUGCAUGCAAGGUAUACCUCGAUGACAACCUGGUUUGUCAAAGCAAGUGCCAGCAGCAAACCGUGGAGCCAGAAUGGCAAUUUCCGAGAGCUGUGGGAGUCACCUGUCCGUUCUCAAUGCUGCGAGUCCAAGUGGUGGAUCAAGGCAAGUCCAACGCAGUGACUCGAAACAUCGGAUUUGUCGAAAUCUGCAUUGGCGAUUUGCCUCUCAACAAAGACAUUGAAGGAUGGUUUGAGUUGCGCCACCAGGAGUCUUUGCAGCGAAGCAGCUGGGACCGCUAUCAGAAGCACUGCCAGAAACGGGACGAUGAAAUGCCAAACGUCAGGCUUCGCAAGCAAAGGGCUCAAAAGCUUCGAAGCGUCAAGGGCCAAGACCAGCAGAUGCUAGAAGGAGAUGGGACGGAAACCAUCAAUUCUGGAACGCAAAGGACUUUCCUCAGCAGCUGCGUGACAUACUUCGCAGAUCGUUCAACCGAGUUGGGGCUCAAUGUGUCCCAGGCACUGAGACCUGCGAUUCGAGACAAUGCUGGAGAGAUACUGCUGCGCCUUCGCUUUUCCUAUUUGGAUCGAGCCAAAGACAGCUUCUUUGCGCGGGCUCUGAACCCACCGACCUCUCGAGACCAUGGCACGCAGACCUUGCAGGCGGACGAAGACUUACAGCUGCAACAGCUCUGGGACGAGGUGAUCGAUGUGAAGCACAAACUCCUGGAGGAGGCGUUUUGCUCCACCCGGAACUUUGUGAACUACAUCCUCCAGUGGCGCUCGAUCCUGCUGUCUUCGUUUCUGUUGGCCUCGUUGCUGUGCCCUUUGGGAUACAGUGCGCUCUUCCCCUACCCACGCAAUCUAUGGCUUUGGACGGCGGUGCUUCCUGGAACCCUGGCGUUUGUUCACUUGAUUCUGUCGAUUUCUGCGCUCCGAGCUGUCAUGCUUCAGGGCGGCUCAAAUGCACCCUUGACACAAGAAGGCUUCGCUCGAGCAGCUGCAUGGCGUGAUACAGAACAUGUGAUGACGUUCAUCACCAGGGUCCUAGUUGACCUGAAGGGAUCGGUGACAGACGAAAAUGAGCUGCGCUCCUUUGCCGCCCGAUCCUUCCGUGACGGCAAGCCGCUGCUCACCAUUUCGGAACUCAGGACAGGCUUGAAAGCCGCGCGCUGGAUCCGCUUUGAGAUGCCAUGGCAAGCUCCGGAGUCUGAAAUCGAUGCCAAAAUGCUGCUGCGAGAAGGAUUUCCGAGCACGCAGUUACAAUGUGGAGAUCUGGUGCUUGUUGAUGAGCGAACGCGGGCAACCGUCAAGUUUGUGGACGACCCCUAUGUGGUGGUCGAAUAUGAUGAGCUCAAUGAGCGGGCCAGCCAAAGACAGGCGAAGGUCGCAUCGGCAUCUCCGCGAGAGCCCCGCGGCAAUGAAAGUCUGCUGCCUGACAGCCCGAAAGCAGCGGAGGUGGUGCAUUCCACCGCGGGAGGGAAAGACAAUCUGGCAGAGGACCGGAUUCCAAAGUCGCGCGUGUCACUGAGACCAAAGCUUCCCGCGGUCCCGCAGAAGUAUGUUCCACGCCAAUUGGCCGGUGAAAUCUACUCCAUGUGCAUAGUCAUUGAUGAUCUGAAGACGCUGCUGUGUCCUAUCUUCAGCUUUUGGGGGGACGUCCUAUGUUGGCGACGUUGGGACAUUGCGCUUCUGAUGUUUUUCCUGCUCAUGCUGACCUCUGUCGCAUCGACGAUGGCCUUCCUGCUGGAAUGCUGCAUUGAUUCCAGCGGAGCCCAAAUUGCCAAAGCAACCGUGAGGAGCAUCAUGCUGGCCAUCAAGAUCUUGCUGGCACUUGCAGUGUUUGGCAUUUUCCUUCGCAGAGCUAGAUGGUUCGCAGGUUCCCAUGCGGUCCUUGUUCCGUACAUGUUGGCGCUAUUUGUUUCACCGGCGACUUGCUCCAAAGAUUUGGCCCUUCUUCAGAGGUACGGGCGAGACGCCGGCUUCGCCUUGAGCACCAGGAAACUUGGCAAUCUGCAACGUGCAAAAAGCCACAAGGUGCGCAUUUCGCCCGAGGACUUCAUCUUUCUGCUUGCCUUCUGCGGGGGGAGUACUCCAACACUUCAGAACCAGGGCGUUUCUUGCCAGCAAGGCUUCAGAAACAACUCGAAGCAGCUGAGUGCAAAGACUGUGCAGCUGUUUCUUGGUAGUCGAGCAGCUAUGAAAAGUGCCCUGGAGACCAGUAAGAUCCAAGAGGCUCAGGUGGCAGCCUUGAGCCUGGCAAAGGAGUCUGGAGCUGAUUGGGGAUGGGCCAAAAUGCUGGUUUUGACCAACACCGAGCUGCGAAAGCCACGAAAAACGUCCAACAAUUCUGCGGAUUUCGGCCAUCCGAUGGACGUGAUCGUCCAUGCCAUGAGAGCGGCACUGCUACUACUUCUGCCACAGCUGGUGCUUGGCAUCGGUGAGGAGCAGCCACUAGGGGCCGAUGAUGAGUGCAUCGCGUCCGACACCUGUGCUCUGAAUGCUCUGCAACGGACGGGCAAAAGAAAGACGAUGCCAGUGCCAGCCGAGCAAAGCCACUCGCUUCUGCAAGAUGCCAGUGCUUUGGUAGAAGGUAGAUCUGCCGGGGGCGGCUCCAUUCUGUCUUCAUGGCAAGGUGUCCGAGAAACUGGCUCCAGCUGCAUGUGGACCAACUGCGAUGAGGUGUCACUGGGUCCUACCACCUGCCAUCAUUGGAGAUGCAUCUGUAAGGAGGGCUACUACUACAACAAGGAAGCCUCCAAAUGCACGGCGCAGCCCAAAGAUGUGGGCGACCUGGACACCGGAGGUCAGUGUCGCUGGACCAACUGCCACCCCUCGCGUGGUCUGACCCGCUGCGUGUCCUACAAAUGCCUCUGUCUGGCUGGCUACCGAGCGGCGGAAGGAAAGUGUGUGCUCAAAGAGGGGAUGCGUCAAACCCCCGAGACCAGCAUCGCCUGCGGCUCUCCCAGCAUCAACGAUCUCUGUUGGAAAGCCGUGGACUGGGCGAUGUAUGACGGCAUCUAUGCUGAUCCCAAAGAAUAUCCUGGUCUUCACCCGGGAAUGAGCAGCUUCGAUGAGUUUCAGUCCUUCAUCAACAAGAUCGACCCAGUGACCUGUCCUAAGCCCUGCGGAAUGGUCUACGAGACCUUUGCCUCGCCUCGGCUCUUGGAUCCCAGCUAUCACGCAGUCAAAGGUGUUUCCUACGGCCCGGCUCCUGUGAAGAAACCGGGCUCUCCACUGAUGAACGACGACUUCAUGGCGGACAUCACGGGGGCCAUGUGGGCGGACUGGGGCCGGGGGGAUCUGCAGUUGAUCAAAGACAUGGGUGGCAACACCAUUCGAAUGUAUGGCAACGAUGCCAACACCAGCCAUCGCGCCUUCCUAGACCUUGCCUAUAAGAAAGGCAUUGACGUCAUUGCAGGAAUGAGUGAUUUUGGUUUCACUCAAGGGCCGGACAAUUGCCUCAUCAACGAUUGGUACUGCUAUGACGAGGCAUACUUCUUCUAUCACAAGAAUUUGCUCAUGGGCUUUGCCAUCGAUGAUUUCAAGCGUUAUCAUCCCGCGCUGAAGGCAUUGAUUUUGGCGAAUGAGCCCGACUUGAAGGUGCAUCCACGGUCUUUGACAUGCAGAGCCAUGGCGUCAGUCUUUGAUGCGAUUCUGCAAGCGGAAAAGGACGUGGGAGUCACUGGAAAUCCGAUUGCUCUGACGAUCACCUGGUCCUUCGCAAUGUUCCCAGAUUCACAGGUUCAUCCCAACGCUCCAGCCCUGGGGCAGAUGGAAGAGUUCUGGAAAUGCCUGCAAGAUGGGCCUGAAAAGCCACCCAUCAACUACAAGCCGAAGAACGACUUGGUACAGGCCUUCCGCACCCGCUUUGUGCAUAGCUUCAACACCGCAAAUAAGGCAAACGAGGUGGCACACAUGAUGCUGGAAAAGUACAUCCACAGCAGCUUUUGGACUCAUGAGAUGAAAGUACCAGUAUUCAUCGGUGAGUAUCACAGCGUUCAUGGCGAUAUGAUGAACGAUCUGACCAGAGCUAUCAAGCUGGCAAAGUCGCCAAGAUAUCCAUUCUUCAUGGGAUACUCCUUCUUUGAGUUUUCCCGCAGCUACUGGAAGGGUGGCCCAGAGAUGGAAUUUGGCAUGUAUGGCUAUGGUGACUGUCCCUUGAUGGACAUGAAUUACACGGGCCUCACAUACACCAUCUGGAAUUUGAUCCCCAUGAGGGAUAGAAGAGGCCACAGUUUGCCCUCGGCCCUGAAGAAGGCGUUCACUCAGGACUCAGGGCUUCCAAAGCUGCUCUCGCACCCACACAUUGAGUGUAAGGCUUCCACCAAGGGUCUGCCAUAGACAACGAUGAUCGAUGGGGAGAUCUGUGGUCAACUUAGUUGUCCGGGCACAUGAUUCGGGACAAGCGUCCCUGAUAGAUCUGGUAGAGCUUCGGCUGUGGUCAACUGAGGCAAGCGGGUUGGCAGUUGACAUUUUCGAGGUCCUCUCGAAGCAGAGGAGAAAUUUGACUAGUCAACAACCUCCGACAGGAGGUCGCCAUGUGUAAAAUCACAUGGUCCAGCGCCAGAAACGCUGAACAUGCACGAGACUAGGACAUUUUUGCGUAGACUCUAGUGCAAAGCAGCAAAUUAGUUGCUAGCUACUUCGGAAUCUUCAGACGUCAUGAUGUUGCUUAGUGAGGAAAGGAGCGGUACAAAAA